AUGGUGAUGGACAAAAAGGGCAACGAAGCCGUUGUUGUACGCCAAGAGCUGUCUUACACCGUGGUGAGCUUGGGAGAGAAGGACGAUCGUAUGACGUUCGACAUCACCAUGAUCGUAACAUCCUCAACUACUUGGAUCAGUGGAUUAGCUUUACUACUGCUAAUAUGUAGCAGAAAAAAGAAGCCUCGGUCACUCAGUGAGAAGAAAAUUAGGCAGCGCAAGAGGAGUAAGACAAGAGCAAAAUUAUUGAAGAAAGAUGCCAAACGAAACAGAGUAAAAAAAUCAAAAGUGAUCCGUGAAAUAUUCUUCCCUUCAAGAGGCUUCACCGGCAUCAGGCAAUUAGAAUUGGAUGCAGAUAGGAUGCCUAUUACAAGUUCUCGAUGGCCGGAAACGCUAGCAAAAACUCCUGAAUCAGGUUCAUUAGAAGUGAAAACAAGCUCGAAAGUCGAAAGUCCUGAAAAUUACACGCAAAGUAAAGAAGAACCAAGGUGGUCGAGAAGACAUAAAUUCAGGAAAAAAGAAGGAAAGAAAAUUUUGCCUGACUCACCUGAGACUGCUAUUGAGAAAUCUUAUUCUUUCCGAUCAAUAAGAAAUAUCCAGAAGACUCAAGGUGAUAGCAGCUCUAGAGAAAGAGAGAAGAUGAAGAACAAAAAGGAAACAAACACACUCGAAUAUCAACCGACGUAUGAAAACGACGAGACCAUCAAUGACGCUCCGUCACUACGGAGGUUCGAAGCAAUGCCAGAUACUGAAAUUGGAUCUCUACAUCCUGAGUUCACAGAACGCAGAAAACAUCCAGAGACGACUUCAGCUGAAUCCAUUCUUGGUCCGGAAGAGGAAGAACCUAAUGAGCCACAACAAGGGGACGUGGAUACAAACGAACUUGUUAAAAGAGCAACGUUGAUGAUACCGAUGAAGCUUGUAAAAAAGAAGAUUUCAGCUGAGAAAAUUGUAGAUGAGGAAAGGAAGGUGGUUAGAGCAAAACAUAGGAUGAACGUAGGAGUUCAGCCACUUCAAAAUAAGAUGGGGGACAUGAAAAAUUUGAAGAAACUGAAGAGACAAGUUAAUAAAAGGAGUAAUAUCUCAAUGGAACGCCACCCAUUUACCUUCCAUAAACCAGUCAUAUCCGAAGGAGUAUUAACCACACAGUCUUCAAUUGCAACAAGCAUAGAUCCACCUACACCAUGGUUUCCAGCGUGGGAAGAUUUGCAGGCAAAACAUCGCAAAAAGUUGUCUUCAGAACCUGUGAUGGAAUCUACUCAAAUUGUGGAUCCUAAGGGAUGUGGUUCAUUAGAAGGUUCAAUUUGUUCUACUGAACAAGGAGUCUUUCUGAAAGAAGAUCCUACAAUGAAAAGUGUCCGAGAACUUCAUGGAUCGCAUCGCAAAGAACCAAAGGAUCAUUGA